AUGGUUAUGCAAUCCAGUUCCAGCCUCGCAAUGGCUCUUGCUGGCAAGACCGCCUCUGUCGAUAUUCCUCAGCCUCGAGCUGGCGCGACCAAGCCUCGAGCUCGCCCCGGACAGCCGGCCAUGCUGCCGACGCCACCGAACUCCAUUUCGCCGACCCUACCGCCGCAAGCUUUCAAAAAUCGACCGGUUUUCUCCCCUGGCUCGCCACUGUCGACUGUCCCGCAGCUUGAUUCAGACAUCGAUCUGCAGGACGAGCACGCCCGCGACAAGCCCCAGCCUACCAUCGAAAUCGACAAUGUCGGCGACAUUACCCCGGUCAUGCUGGCCAAAUACCAUCUCCCUGAGAUCCUGCUGCAGCAGGGCCCGCUGGCCAUCCGUCAUGUCAUGGGCCACCUGACAACAUCGGUCCCUGGUUUCGCGCGUAUUCCACCUGCGAAGGCGCGACGCCUCGUGGUCGCUGCCCUUGAAAGGGCCGGUGGCGCCAACAGCGAGGUCAUUUUUGAGAAGGUCGGCUGGGGCCGCUGGGACGCUCACCGUCGCGGCGAAGCACGCGCGACUGACCCCAACGCCUCGACGUCGCCUCCCUCUAGCCUGACCGGCUCUUUCCAGCAGCGUGGUCUGCAAAUCGAGGGCGCGGGUCGGAAUCGACGUAAUGUGUACGGUGCAAAUGCAGGCCGAGACUCGAUCGCGUACUCCUACACCACUGACAAUGGUGCGCGUGGCGAAUACGAAGACCUCGACAUGCUUGAGUAUGAGGCAGACAAGAUGUCGCUGGAUGGCGAUGAUGACGAGCGUGCGUACUGCUCUUCUUCCGAGGCGCCGGACGAACUUCAGGACGAAGAGUGGAAUGAAAGCGACGUCACCGACGAGGAGGAUUGGGCGCAGAUCGGAGCCGAUGCUCUUCGAGCACGAUCGAUGAACGGUGGAGGAGGAUUCGUGCGAAGCAGCAACGUUGCUGCCCGUCAGCCUCUUCCUGCUGGUUUUGUCAGCCCCACUGCAUCCACUUUCGCGAAAUCCACUCCCCACACCUUCGACACCCAGGAGCGCGCCGCAGUUGAGGCGCUUCUUCGCUUGGGCUCUAUGUAA